GGACGCGGGGCUCGGCGAGGCCCGGCUCCGGCCCCCUGAAUUGGGGGGUCCGCGUCUGCCCCAAACGCCGCUUUCUUCCGUUUUCCAUGUCAUUUCCUGUACUAAUAAGAUGGUGGUCAAAGCAGGGGAGGAGAGCAGCAGCCAGUCGCCGCCGUGCUGCUGCCGGCGCUGAAACUUUGCCCGGCCGGGGACCCCGCGCGCGGCCGCCCUGUCCCGCCGCGCACCGCCGCCCCGGCCCCGGCCCGUCCCGCCGUCCCGCGUGGGAGCCCGCGAAGGACAGAAUGACUGAGAACAUGAAGGAGUGCUUGGCCCACACCAAGGCUGCUGUAGGGGACAUGGUGACAGUAGUGAAGACAGAGGUCUGCUCACCACUCCGGGACCAGGAGUAUGGCCAGCCCUGCUCUAGGAGACCGGAGUCCUCUUCUGUGGACGCUGAACCCAAGAAGCUGAAGGGAAAGCGUGAGCUCUUCGUGACCAAAAGCUUCCAGCAAGUGGACUUCUGGUUCUGUGAGUCCUGCCAAGAGUACUUCGUGGAUGAGUGCCCGAACCAUGGUCCCCCCGUGUUUGUGUCUGACACGCCAGUGCCUGUGGGCAUCCCAGAUCGGGCAGCCCUCACCAUCCCACAGGGCAUGGAGGUGGUAAAGGAAGCCGGUGGGGAAAGUGAUGUGCGGUGUAUAAACGAGGUCGUCCCCAAGGGCCACAUCUUUGGCCCCUAUGAGGGGCAGAUCUCUACCCAGGACAAGUCAGCUGGCUUCUUCUCGUGGUUGAUUGUGGACAAGAACAACCGCUACAAGUCCAUAGAUGGAUCAGAUGAGACCAAGGCCAACUGGAUGAGGUACGUGGCCAUUUCCCGGGAGGAGAGGGAGCAGAACCUCCUGGCAUUCCAGCACAGUGAGCGCAUCUACUUCCGGGCAUGCCGAGACAUCCGGCCUGGAGAGCGGCUGCGGGUCUGGUACAGUGAGGACUACAUGAAGCGCCUGCACAGCAUGUCCCAGGAGACCAUCCACCGCAAUCUGACCCGGGGAGAGAAGAGGUUGCAGAGGGAGAAGGCUGAGCAAGCCCUGGAUAGUGCGGAAGACCUAAGGGGUUCCACUCAGUUCCCUGUGUUGAAACAGGGCAGAAGUCCCUACAAGCGCAGCUUUGAUGAGGGGGACAUACACCCUCAGGCCAAGAAGAAGAAAAUAGAUCUCAUCUUCAAGGAUGUACUAGAAGCCUCACUGGAGUCUGCUAAUGUGGAAGCCCGCCAGCUGGCUCUGAGCACCUCUCUGGUCAUCCGGAAAGUCCCCAAGUACCAGGAUGAUGACUAUGGUCAGAGCGCUGCUGCCAUGACCCAAGGCGUACAGAAUAUCCGCCGGACCCAGGGGGAAGGGGACUGGAAGGUCCCCCAAAGGGUGGAGGAUGAAGAGGAGGAGCCUUCGUCAUUCAGGGCUGACAGUCCUGCCGAGGCCUCUCUGGCAUCCGACCCGCACGAACUGCCCACCACCUCCUUCUGCCCUAAUUGCAUUCGCCUGAAGAAGAAAGUGCGGGAAUUGCAGGCAGAGCUCGACACGCUUAAGUCUGGAAAGCCACCUGAGCCCUCCGUUCUGCCUCCGCAGGUACUGGAGCUCCCUGAGUUCUCAGAUCCUGCAGCCUCAGAGAGCAUGGUCUCUGGCCCUGCCAUCAUGGAGGAUGACGACCAGGAAGUGGAUUCUGCAGAUGAGUCUGUCUCCAAUGAUGUGAUGACAGCAACCGAUGAACCCUCCAAGAUGUCCUCCGCCGCUGGGCGCCGCAUCCGACGCUUCAAGCAGGAAUGGCUGAAGAAGUUCUGGUUCCUCCGAUAUUCCCCGACCCUCAAUGAGAUGUGGUGCCACGUGUGCCGCCAGUACACGGUGCAGUCCUCGCGCACCUCUGCCUUCAUCAUCGGCUCCAAGCAGUUUAAGAUCCACACUAUCAAGCUGCACAGCCAGAGCAACCUGCAUAAGAAGUGUCUGCAGCUGUACAAGCUGCGCAUGCACCCGGAGAAGACCGAGGAGAUGUGCCGCAACAUGACCCUGCUCUUCAACACCGCCUACCACCUGGCACUGGAGGGCAGGCCUUACUUGGACUUCCGGCCGCUGGCAGAGCUCCUGCGCAAGUGUGAGCUCAAGGUGGUAGACCAGUACAUGAACGAGGGCGACUGUCAGAUCCUCAUCCAUCACAUCGCGCGGGCGCUGAGGGAGGACCUGGUGGAGCGCCUGCGUCAGUCACCGUGCCUCAGCAUCAUCCUGGAUGGGCAGAGCGACGACCUCCUGGCUGACACAGUGGCCGUGUACGUGCAGUAUACCAGCACUGAUGGGCCCCCGGCCACAGAAUUCCUAUCCCUGCAGGAGCUAGGCUUCUCCAGCACAGAGAGCUACCUCCAGGCACUCGACCGGGCCUUCGCUGCCCUUGGCAUCCGCUUACAGGAUGAGAGGCCAACUGUCGGCCUGGGAGUGGAUGGGGCCAACAUCACCGCCAGCUUGCGUGCCAGCAUGUUCAUGACCAUCCGCAAGACGCUGCCCUGGCUUCUAUGCUUGCCCUUCAUGGUGCACCGGCCCCACCUGGAGAUCCUGGAUGCCAUCAGUGGGAAGGAGCUGCCCUGUCUGGAGGAGUUGGAGAACAACCUCAAGCAGCUACUGAGUUUCUACCGCUACUCGCCGCGUCUCAUGUGUGAGCUGCGCUCCACAGCUUCCACCCUGUGCGAGGAGACGGAGUUCCUGGGGGACAUCCGUGCGGUGAGGUGGAUCAUCGGCGAGCAGAAUGUCCUGAACGCCCUCAUCAAGGACUACCUGGAAGUGGUGGCCCACCUCAAGGAUGUUAGCAGCCAGACACAGCGGGCAGACGCUUCCGCCAUCGCGCUGGCCCUGCUGCAGUUCCUCAUGGACUACCAGUCCAUCAAGCUCAUCUACUUCCUGCUGGACGUGAUCGCCGUGCUCUCACGCCUGGCCUACAUCUUCCAGGGAGAGUAUCUCCUGGUGUCGCAGGUGGACGACAAGAUCGAAGAGGCCAUCCAGGAGAUCAGCCGGCUGGCAGACUCCCCGGGGGAGUACCUGCAGGAAUUUGAGGAGAAUUUCCGAGAGAGCUUCAAUGGGAUCGCCGUGAAGAACCUCAGGGUGGCUGAGGCUAAGUUCCAGGCUAUCAGGGAGAAAAUCUGCCAGAAGACACAGGUCAUUCUGGCACAGAGGUUCGAUUCCCGAAGCCGGGUCUUUGUGAAGGCCUGCCAAGUGUUCGACCUAGCCGCCUGGCCCAGGAACAGUGAAGAGCUCCUGAGCUUCGGCAAGGAGGACAUGGUUCAGAUCUUCGACCACUUGGAAGCCAUUCCUACCUUCUCACGGGAUGUGUGCCGCGAAGGGGUGGACCCCCGGGGAAGCCUGCUGAUGGAGUGGAGAGACCUCAAGGCUGAUUACUACACCAAAAACGGCUUCAAAGACCUCAUCAGUCACAUCUGCAAGUCCAAGCAGAGGUUUCCGCUCUUGAACAAGGUCAUUCAGGUCCUCAAAGUCCUCCCCACCUCCACUGCCUGCUGUGAGAAAGGCCGCAGUGCCCUCCAGCGGGUCCGCAAAAACCACCGCUCCCGCCUGACCCUGGAGCAGCUCAGUGACCUGUUGACAAUUGCUGUGAAUGGACCACCCAUCGCCAACUUUGAUGCCAAGCGAGCCCUGGACAGCUGGUUUGAGGAGAAGUCUGGCAACAGCUACACACUGUCAGCGGAGGUCCUCAGUAGGAUGUCUGCCCUGGAGCAGAAGCCCAUGCUGCAGGCUGUGGACCAUGGCUCUGAGUUCUACCCAGACAUGUAGGGGCCUGCACAGCAGAGGUCACAAAGCCGGUGAAUAUUUUUUUAAUCUAUACUCAUAAGCUUUGAUAUAUUAUAUAAAUAUAUAUUAUAUUAUAUAUAUAUAUAUAAAUCCACACUGAAAAUUUUUUAAAAACUAAGGUGAUGUGUCCACCGGAAGCUACUGACGGCUUUCAGAAAGGAGCAGCAUCGGCAACUGACUCUUGUCUCCACACUUGGCAGCUGCAGCCUACGUGGCACCCCUUCACUCACACAGCGUGUUCCGGGCCACGCCUGUUCCCACCAAACAGUCAAAGCAGCAUAAGCUAAAUGAUGAUUCUCUUCGUCAUUCUUGGGUGGCUUGUUCUGUUUCUGCUCUCAUGUAUUGGUCACGGGGCUGGGGGUUGGGGUGACGCUCUCACCUUCUCCUCUUUGGUAUGGUUUUAGGACUGGGGGGCAAGGUGUGGUUUCCCCGUUGGCAUUCUGUUCCCGUCGCAUUGUGUCAGGGUUUCCAUAGGGCGGAUUGGAUUUCUGGAUGUCUUUUUCCCAUCACUUGACCUCAGCUUGGGAGAGCUUUCUUUGUUCAUUUUUUGAGUGAUUCCUUCACGUGUCCCCCUCGACUGUGAGCCCACCACACUCAUCCACGCCACCCUCCCAUCCCGAGGCUGUCAGUUCCCUCCUCAGACCUCUGGAGUUAGAGAUAUUAGGUGUCAUACUGAAGGCAACGUCCUUUCACCUAGGGACCAUGGGGAGGGUGAGCUUUGUGCCCCAGCAGAGGAUAAAACAUUAUUCUUCCAUUCAGAGCUAGGACUGUUGGGGAGACAGUGAGCCAAGAAAUCUAAACCCCAACAGGACUGCAAUUUGGGCUUAAAACAAGUAAAAUGCAAAGUGUCUAGAUUCAACUUCCACAAAUUGCUUGUAUGUUCUUUCUAACUAUGAAAUAUGGGGGAUUUGGGUUUCUCUUAGUAAUCAAGUAGCAGCUGUUUUAUAGUUCAGGGUCAGAAUCCGCCAAUGCAAGUCAUGUCCUGAGCUACGCAGAACUCAGGUGAGAGUCCGCAGAGAGGCUGUUCUUUUUGCAACAGGCUGACGAUAUGCUCCGCAGCCUGGCAGGACAGUCACAGGAUGCCAGGCAGAGUUUCUCUGCCUGUGAGCUCCUCCUAUUUUGAAUAGGGUUGAAAUGUCCUAAAGAAAAGGAGAAAACAGGAAGUGAGGUGGGAUUCUCAAGAUAAAAACAUGUAUGCACAUCUACACACACGCGCACAUGCACGUGUGUGCACACGCACACACAGACACACACUCUACAGCCACAAUAUAAGCUUUAGAAAUGGCCACUUGCCUGUCCCCACCCCGGGGGCAGACAGUGGUUUAUGCUAGAGGAGUCUGACCAAUGUUCAUGUAUCUACCAGUAUACCUCACAAACCGUUGUCAGCAAUGUUCAUGAGCUGUUAAAACCUCCCUCUUGUUUCCAUGUCUGAACUGUGCAGUUUUUGCCGUCCCAGAAUGUGGAUACGGGUUGUGUGUGGGGAAGGGUGGAAGAUCUGUAGUACCUGCUGCAGUCAGUUCUUCAGAGAACUGUCCCUCUCCUUCAGUGGGGUAUUAGAGAUUCAACCACAGGCAAGGCCCCUAUGCCCUCAGCCUGUAGCUGGGCCUACAGCUACGUGGUGGCUUCCUUCCUUCUGGGUUCGGCUUGUCUCUGAGGCCUCAUGCAAAUGUCAUUAACACUGAACAUGUUGCUACCCUUUCCUGGUUCUUCAGUCUGUCCGUCCUCCCUCAGAUCCUCCCUUUGCUUCCAUGGUCUUGGUGCUAAGAUAACUUUAGAAUCAUUGCUGCUAGCCAAUAGUUUUCAUGAUAUAAAUAUAUAUAUAUUAUAUAUUAUUUUUGAAAUGUUUUUGUUUUCAAGAGUGAUGUAGCAUGUUAAAACAAGAAACAAAACUAAACCAUCAAAGCUGGGCCUUUCCACCUGCCCCACUGCCAGGCCUCUUCUGCUGCCUUCUUCACCAAGUUGAUACACCUUGCCUGGUGACUGUCAGCCCUCCCUUUACUCUGCUCCCCAUCUUAACUCCCUGCCCUCUGAGCAGGGGGAGUUAGCAGGAACUAGGGAAGGAAACCCACAGUCCCUUUCAGAGGGUUGGAAUCCGGGUCUCAUCCACUUGCCGGCUCUGAACUGGUGUCUCCCUCCAUAUGCCCUGAAGCACAAGGUCUCCCACUUGCCCAGCUCCUGCCCUGGAACCUCAUCUCCUCACAGACACUUUGGUCUGGGGAGUUUCCGUUGAGAACUGCAUGGACCAAGGUGUGUUCAGAGUAGGGAUGGCUGGCAAGGUGGGUCCCUCACAGGCAGCCUGUAGGCAUAAAUGAUGGCCUGGGCCUUUUCUUCUUGCCCACAGUUGCCUUACACCUCUCCUCCCCAGUGCAGGGGCUUCCUCGCCCGGGAAGGGUCCUCUCUGGGAUGGCCCUAGGCCAGACAUAAGAACAAGGACUGUUCCUUCCCAAGAGGUCGUGGCUACGCAAACUCAAGUCCUUAGCUAAAGACACAGGUUCUAACAUUCCAAGCCAGUGUUACCUGAGUUUCCUUAAGACACCAGGAGCAGGGGGCCUGCCUUGAGGCCUAGAAUGUUCUGGCAGCGUGUGGCUGUAAGCAGUCACCCGGUCCCUGGUGCCCCGUUUCCCCGACCCAACCCCUUCGGCUAGGUGCCUCUGAAACGCUGGGUGCUGGUGAGGCUGGUUCACCCAGGCAGGGCUGUGACAGAUGCUGUCAGGAUGGCGGGUGACUGAGGAACGAUGUGGAUGAACCCCACACAUGCUCCCUGGGAGGGCCAGGGCUUCUGCCCAGUGAAUUCCCAUUUGGGAUGCCCUGUGAUUUCGGGCCUAGGCAUUUCUCAUGUUCCCCUUAGAGAAGAGCCUGGGUGGCCCACAUUUCCAGUCUGGCUGGAGAACCAUGAUUCCUCUCAUAUCUUGGUUGGUUUAACAGACUGGAGAGGCCUUGCAGCAUAAAUGCAGUUGUUUUUGAUGGGACAGGGCCCUGUAACUCAGUCCCUGGUGUAGAAACGUCGAACGAAUGUGUCUGUGGGGCUGACAAGUAUUCACGCUGGGCUGACUAAAGUGACUUUCAUUGGUUCUUACCAAGAGUAGGAACUGAGGUGGUGUUGAAGACUAAGGCUUGUGGCUGUUAAGCCAGCCGGGUACCUUGCAGGCCCCUGUGGUUGAAAUGCUCUCCUACGCAAAGGGAAACAAUGACCACUUAGCAUGUAUGAGACAGGAGGACUACUCCGCCCCGAGGGCAGCUCCUGCCCAGUUAGAAUCCCUGCAUGCAUCAGAACUCAGCGCUUUUGUAAUGUCUGCUUGUGGGUCUCAUGGUGCCAGCUCCAUCCACCCUGCCCCAUCCUCACUGGGGAAUGAGAGCCCACUGGGUUCCAGGACCCUCGGUAGCCAAGUUCCGCUCAGGCUGUGUGUUCCCAACUUGAGUUAUUUUGCUGAGGUUUCUUGUUGGCUUGUUCAUUCUAGACCUUUGAUUUUGUGCAAGGACCUUGGAGAGACUUAAAACACAUCUUAAGUGUUUUCCAUUUGUCUGGAGGAAGAGCAGUGGAGGAAGAAAUAAAGGUGGACAUGGCCGUAGAGAGGUGGAAAUAGACUUGAGCAAUGCUUCCCAUUGCUGCCUGCCGGGAGCUCAUUUGCCUCCAGGAGAGGACACCUGGCCUGAAGUCUAAUUUCUGUCUUCUAGAACACUCCUUUGUUUUUCACUUCUGUCUCUAUGGAAACAGGAGUUUGGCAUCCUAACCUGUUUUCAGUGUGUGAUCUGUGUUAAAUUACAAGUCAGAUUUGUGCUGAUUUGUGCUUUUUUUUUUUUUUUUUGUGGUCCACGCACCCAAUUUGGGCAUAGGCCCCAGGUUCACUGGAGCUCAUGUGUGCCCGGGUGCCCUUUAAGAGGCAGCCCAGUCAGACUGGGCUAGCUAGCAACUGAAGCAGGGAGAGUGGUCCUCUGGGAUGAGGAAAGGCGGGCACAGCAGGCAGUUAAGGUGGGAUUGCUCCUUUACAUGCUGCCUUGGAGUCUAGUCUGGCCAUUCCUCCAAUCCUUGAGGGAGAAAGUACAUCAGAUGUGCAUGGCCCCUCCCCUCAGAGGAAUGCUCUUCUCUAGUCCUCUGUCGGGGCAGUUGUGAGAGUCUUUGAGGUAAUCUUUGCAUGUUAGUCAGAGGGAGAAAAGGUGCCCUUUGGAGAGGAAAAUAGUAUGGCCCUCCUCUUCCUUCUAGCACGCUCUCCCCUUCCCCAGUCCCUUCUGAUGGUAUCACCCUAGAAAUACCUAUGCAAUGCAGUCUCCCUGGGAGGCUGUGCAUGGAGGCAGGGGUAUGUGCAGUGUAUCAUACUGAUGCUAAGGCAUAUCAAUUGUAUAUACAGACAUAUACAGUACGUAUACACGCAGAGUAAGAGUAAAUCACGUCUAUAUAUCUAUAAAUAUAUCCUAUAUAUUUAUACAUUUCUAUGUUUAAAAUAGAUAUAAAAGUAGUCUAUAGAGCUGGAAAGGUGGCGAGGAAGCCGAGUGCUGGGUUGGCUAAGGAGGAGGAGACUUGCUCUGGAAGGGAGGUGGAGCGCUCAGCAGGCUGGAUCGCUGGCCACUGUGGGGACAUCUUCCUUGGGGUACUGGAGGGGAGAGCUGGGUCCCACCUCUCUCCAUGCACUUUCUCUCCUUUCCAGCCAGCUCAGGCUGAGGUUGGAAGGAGAUACCCCUGAGGUCAGGCUGCAGUGGCCCCUACCUCCCCCUACCACUGGCCUUCACUUAGCUGGUCAUUGCUGCUUAGCAGUAGGGGCUCGGACUUGGUCCCUGACCCCUAGGGGAGGUACCUCUGCACAAACUUCCCAGUGCCCUCCCCUAUCAGGAAUGAGCAGCACUGCUGGCGAUAGAAAAGGAGUACCUGGGCUGAACAGAUGUCCAGAAAGAUGUCAUCCCCUCUUCCCAGAUGCUUCUGUCCGCCCCCUGGAGGCCAAGGCUCUGAAGUACAGCCAUCCUGGCCUCCUUCACUCAUUCACCCACUGUCUCUAGAUCACCAGGAGUUGAGAAAGGCAGCCUGAGCUUCAGGUAGCGCUGCCUCUCCCAAUUCAGAAGCCCCACCUGGUGGAAGAGAUAUAUCUGCACACUGACAUUUUCAAUGGCAACUCAAGUUCAGGAUCUGGGCCUUGGCCCAGCUCACUCUGCGCAGCCACAGCUGCUGGCUGUACUCAGGACAAUGCUGUCCCCUCUUCCCAAACCAACCAAGCAGUCCACCCACCUCUGCUGUGGCAGCAGGUUUAGGCUUAGUUCACGACACUGUUCUCAUUCUCUCACUGGAUGCCCAAGCCCACUUUCUCUGGGGAGGGUAUUUUCUUCAGCUUGUCCCCAGACAAUGUCUCCACACUGGGUGGGGAUGCCUGGGACUCCAGGGAGUCUGGCAGGCUGGCAGGAUGGCAGAGGGUUUGUGCAGUCCACAUGGGAGUCAGAAGCCUAUGCUCCCAGCAUCCUCUGUUUCCUCUCUCUCCGGGAGCAGAAAGGAUCUGAUGACAAGAACCCUCCCUGCUCUCCAGCCCAGCCUGCCUUUGGCCUCCACACACACACUCACUUCCCAUACCGAGCCUUUGCAGGUCUCCCCUGCUCUUCCUCACCAUACUACCAACGGACCUCAGUCUCCAGCAGACCAGUCCUGUACCACAGUUGAGAUCAGGUCUGCUCUGCCAAUGCCCACUUCCUUGAACCACAGCUAGCUGCCAACCGGCUGAACACCCUGUAGUGCCUGGCUCAGUGGAGUUCAGGACCAAUGGCCCGAGCCCUCCACCCACUACAGUGGGUCAGAGCCUGGCCAGGGGAUAGGCAUUCCCAGUAGCAAUCCCACAAUGCACUGUACCUCAGAGAGAGAGAACAUGCCACAGGGCACUGACGGGACCAGCCUCCGUGCAGAGGGGCAACUGCUCACAAUACUAUUCAUAAGAAGACAAAGGCCAGGCUGUCCUAGGGCAUCCCUCAGUGUACUCUUUGGCCUCUGGAAGAGCCAGUAGUCUUUUUCAGCCCUGGUCUCUCUCUUCCUCUCCAUCCCUAAGCUGCUGAACCGUUUUCAUGUCAAUCACAAAGAAAAAAAAAGUGGGGGUGGGGGGAAUUCCUAGGAGCCUAUUACCACACACAUAUUAAUAUGUUAAUACUUUCUUUUUUAAAGACAACUCUCAAUGUUAUUAUUUGGCAGACUGUGCUUUAUAGUACCUGUGUGUCGGGGGCUAGAACACUGGAUACAAAUAGAGCUAUGCUGGUUUAUAAUCUGUAUGCAGAGUCUUUCCUUUUGUCACAUUAUCCUCAUAAUGUAAGAAGAUUAUUAAUAAAAGCAUUUA